AUGGAUUUGUCGAAAUUUGAAGAAUGUUCAUAUUCAUCUCAUUAUUGUUGUCUAUCAAUUGAUCGAUCAUUAACAACACGUUUAAUUGAAUCAUCAAAUAGUUCAUUGAAAUAUUCUUCCUGUUUUGCUCAUAGGCCUGAGUGGGUUGUUGGUCUUGACAGAUGGUCAUCAACACAAAUUAAUAAUACAAAGAAUAAUUUAUCACGUCGUCAUUUAGAUUUUCAUAAUGAUAUUGGACUUUAUUUAUCUUGGCAUGAAAAAAUUAAUUCAGCUCCAAUAUCAUUAAAAGGUCAUAAAAUCCAAUCAAAGUGA